GGCGGGAGCCGCCCCGGGGCGGUACCGCGUCCCUCUCAGGCCUGCGCGGCGGCGGGGCGGGGGCGGUGGCAGCCAUGGAGGUGCAGGUGGCGCCGCUGCGGGCCUGGGACGAUUUUUUCCCCGGCUCGGACCGCUUCGCCCGGCCUGACUUCAAGGACAUCUCGAAAUGGAACAACCGGGUGGUCAACAACCUCCUCUACUACCAGACCAACUACCUGAUGGUGGCGGCCGCCGUCGUCUCCAUCGUGGGGUUCUUGAGUCCCCUGAACAUGCUUAUUGGUGGCACUGUGGUGGUGCUGAUGUUCAUGGGGUUUGUGUGGGUAUCCCACAACAAGGAUAUACUCCGCAGGAUGAAGAAGCAGUACCCAACCACAUUUGUAGUGGUCAUCAUGCUGUCUAGCUACUUCUUGAUUUCCUAUCUGGGAGAUGUCAUGGUGUUCAUGUUUGGGAUCACUCUUCCUCUCCUCUUGAUGUUUAUUCAUGCUUCCCUGAGGCUCCGAAACCUAAAGAACAAAUUGGAGAACAAGGCAGAAGGAAUAGGCUUGAAGAAGACCCCAAUGGGCAUCAUCCUGGAUGCUCUAGAACAGCAAGAGGAUACUAUCAACAAACUGGCUGACUACAUAUCUAAAGUAAAGGAGUAAGCAGCUGCAACGGGGCAUUUUUACCUGUUGCAGGAGUGUAGUUGCUAUUUACUAUUGUUCAAGCUUGCUUUCAGUUUGUGUACAAAGCAGGAAAUGCACGUGGUACAGAUUAAUAGUUGCAGGAUACAGGUACUCCCAGGUCUUCAGCUCUCCUCUAAGAACAUAAGAGCAGCAAGUUUUUUUCUGUUGUCUAGCAAAAUGUUCUGGUGUUUACACAAAUACAUACUAACUUCAACAUGUUUGCUUGUCUCUUCUUCUGGGGUUAGAGGAGAAAGGGAUGAAAACCUAUGGAAUGCAGUCUCUCAGACUGUUGUGCAGCAAAUUUGUCUGUUAGUAAGAAUAUCACCCCUUUCAUCUCACUUCUGCAAGAUGACAGUUUAACCAGUAUAAGCUGGGUAGCACUUCAGGCUGGCAGUGUUCAAGGUGAGCUGGAAUGUAUCAAAAUUAGGUGUCUCCUGCAUCCUCCAGAUCUCUCACUUGAGUGCUCUGUAUUGAGACCACACUUGUAGCUUAACUGGGAAGUGGUAAAACUGUGCAGUACUUGUAAUGAGUAUGGGUUCCUGUCCUCACCUCACAUUCCUCCUUUAGCAGCCAGGAAGCAGUCUAAAUAUAUCUAAGCAUUAAUCAUAGUGGCACUGUGCCUCUGUCAGUUCAAGUGAAAUGCACCUUUUGGUUUUUUCCAAAAUCAUGAUCUCUAGAAUCCCUCUCUGCAGGAGAGCCAAACUUCCUUGCAUACACUUAUGGCCAAGCAUGGGAGGAAAAAAAACCCCUGUUUUCAGCUACAUUUGAUGAGCUAGGUUUCUACCCUAUAGAUGUGUUUAAACACUGCUACUUUAGGACUUACCUUGUUCUGCUUUAGUCUGUAUUGGCUGUUCUGUAGAUGGAGGUGUACGUGUGUUCUGGAGCAUGGGUCAUCCUUUUCUUUCUUCUUAACCAGAAUGCAAAGAUAUAAGUAAAACAUGCAUCUCUCUGACUCUCUACUUCUGACACUCUUCAAAGGAAUAAACUGGAUUUCAGGUUUACAAGUAAAAGCAAUAAAUGUCAAGAUAUAGUUUUUAAACAACCCAUUCCAAAUUCAUGAAGAUAUUUGCCUGUAACAACUCCUGGAAGUGGUGUGUGGGAUUCUUUUAUAUGUAUUUUAACUUAACUGCCAGCUCUGAUGGAAUUAGCUUGGUAACAGGAACUUACCAACAAUAGGGGGGGAAAACAGUUGUCCAGGUGACACUCCAUUUCAGAUAAUUUGCAGUUCUCUUUUCUAACAAAGAAAUUAGCUUAACGAAAAAGCAAGGAUCCUUAAAGUUGAAGCUUUUGUGUAACUUACCAUGCUGUUUUCAUAGUGAACUGUGUCAAAAUCUGAACAUGUCAUUCCAUUUCAGUGUUGAAGUGAUCAGUAUUUAUUGAAAAUUUCUGUAUAUUCCAGCUGAAGAGUCAAUAGCCUGUUCCUCACUUGUAGUGCAUGGUCUUUGUUUUUUGAAAACUCUUUCCACACGUUAAGAACAUAGCAGCCUAUGGCUUCAUCAUUACUGUACAAUUUUAAAAACUGCAAUUAUGAAGAAGAAUAAAUUCUAAUGGUGAUUA